GCGAGCCGCGACGAGCGCCCGCGGCAGUUGCUUCCGCGCGCUUGAGUCCGUCGGCUAGUGCGCUGUUGCUGCGCGCGCGCGCGCCCAUCGAUCGAUGUGACGUCCUUCUCAUCGAGUCGAUCGACACUCCCUCCGCCGCCGCGAUGGCGACGACUUGUGCCGCGCACUCGUACGACCGCACGAAUGACGACGACAUGGAGGCAGCCUCCUUCUAGGGGCCCGCCACUACUCGGGACGUCGGCGGCAAGAGAGGGCGACGCCAUGCCGUAGCCUCCCAGCUGCUGGACUCCCCGAGCACCUUCUGUACCCUAGUAGAAUUACCUUAGUCAAAAACCCUCUCCUACCUUUAGUAAAGUGGCAAGGAAGAAAGGAUAUCAAGGAAGAUCUUAAAGGCAGACAGAAGGGAUUGGCUCUUAACGUGCUUGCUAGCAUGAGUGGAAUGGCAGAAGACCUUGCGGCUUCCGAAGAAGAGCCCGACUACUCGGUCUUUGAAAACAAAACCGGGCUGGCUGAAGACAUGAAGUUUCUGGCAAGCAUGCCUGAACUUUGCGAUGUAACUUUUCUCGUGGGAGACACGAGAGAGCCCGUCUGUGCCGUCAAGGCCGUGCUGGCCGCACGGAGCAGGGUAUUCCACAAAAUGCUGUACGGUGGCUUCCAAGGAGUUCCAAAUCGUGACCGCGAUGCUUCGUCGAAAAAACGAGAUCUGAACAAGGAGACAAAAUUGAAAUUGUUCUUGAAGAGAAGCAGUGAGCCAAUGCUGAACAUACAGUUUCCUCAGCCACAGACACACCAGACUCUGAUCAUAGAGGAGUUUGAGCCUGAUGUAUUCAGGCAACUCAUUGAGUACAUACACACUGGCUGUGUUACCUUGCAGGCCAGAACACUCCUGGGUUUGAUGAAUGCUGCCGAUUACUAUGGACUGGAAGAAUUGAGAAAGGGCUGCAUGGGCUUUGUCCAAUGCUGCAUUAGCGUUGACACUGUGUGCGCCCUGCUGGCGUCAGCAGAACGUUACAUCCAGUACAAGUGUACAAAGUCACUUGUCCAGAAGGUGCUUGAAUUUGUUGACAACCAUGGCAAUGAGGUAUUGAGCCUUGGCUCCUUUGCCCUGCUGCCAGAGCAUGUUGUGAGGCUCAUAUUGGCACGUGAGGAACUCACAGCAGAUGAGCUCACCAAAUUUCAGGCUGCUGUGCACUGGAGCAAGCGGUACUGUGACACCAUGCCGGAGGCGGAGCUCCGGGAGGUGAUGGGCAACUUUCUUGAGUGCAUCGAGUUCUACAAGAUUCCGGCGGGUGUGAUCAUGCGGGAGGUGCACCCACUGGGCGUGGUGCCAGACCACGUCAUAAUGAAUGCACUCGCCUUCCAGGCAGAUCCCUCCAGCGUCGACAUGAACAAGAUCAGCUCGCCCAACCGCUUCCGUCGAUCCACCAUAUUCAGCGUGUCGCCCCUCAGGUCGAUGUCGAUAGCCGACCCGUCUCCCGCGAAGCCACCUGAAAGCGACAACCAGAUCAACGCUGAGGUGGACAAGGCUCAAACCAAGACCAGAGGCCGCAGCAAGAGCACUUUCUCCCGGCCUUACCGCCGCAGCAAGACCCUGGCCGAGAGCUAAGGGCCAUCUCCCAGCAGAGGAGUGUCUCCCUCUCCCUUCUCCCUCACUUGACUCACCACCGUGCACAUUCAUGCUUGGCACUGUCAUGGUCUCGCAGGAUUGCUCAGAACUUGAUGGGUCACGUAGAGUCUUGAGCAGUGCCUUGCCGCUUGUUCCUUACAGGCACACUGCCCUCUCACCAGUGUCAGACUCUGCAAGCCAAGUUUGCUAGUGGUAGCCAAAAUGAUAGUGGGCCCACUGCCAUUGAAUACUUUCCCUUCUGUCUCCUGGUGAUCCAGCUGCUAACUCUUGACUACACCUAGUCGUAGGCAGCUUGCGCUAGUGGCCCACCUAGUGGUCAAUUUAUGAUUACAGGAAAGCCAAGUGUUCUGAGUAAUACACAUUAUCUUAAAUUUGAAAGCACUCUUUCAGGUACAUAUUUGGUGCUCUUAAAAAAGCUGUGUCAAACGUGUCUUACUCAGAUUCUCUGGAUUUUGACUUUCUAGCCAUAACUGUAGGCUAAACCUAUGCUAAGUAUAGUGUAACAAAGUAUCCACUGCUCCAGCUAAUUCUCAUGUGCCCGUUCUGACUUUAUUUUUUAUUUUCGCUUGGAGAGAAUACAGAAUGCAUUGUAAUAGUAUAUUUGGAAAUCUAUUAACAACGAAAUAUUUUCAUUCUCUUAAGGCCUUAAUCGCAUGUACAGGGUGCUGUGAUACAUGGGUAUGGCUCAUUCAGAGCACUUCAUGACUUACCCAGCAGGGCACGCUGCUUCUUUGACGAAUUUGGAUCAAGCAUCAGUAUGACAGAAGGGAAUCAGAAACUAGUGAAUUUGGUGCACUCAAGCAGAGAGAACAGUAACAAAGUUAACACAUGGGUGCCUCACAGUUGUUGCUUUAGUGUGACAUCACCUUUGCGUGCUCUACACACAGUUUUGCAUCAGUGAGCAAGAUACUGCGUGAGAAGACAGCAAUGCCCAAAGCUUGUUUCCGUGCACAUGAUGAGGAAAUGUGAGCUGAGGUCAAAGAAGUGAAAAUGUUACACCAGAGCUGUCUUGUCAUCCACUGUGGCGGGGAACUGGUUCACUAUGUCCCACAAUGGCUGGCACUUGGGGGACAGGGAGCGAGGAGCUCCUGCCUCUUUUUGGGAAAUGUGUAAUCGUUGCAUUUGACAGAAAUCGCACUCAUGAAUCCUCAAUGUGGGGACACCCAUAUAAUCUGCCAUAUGGGCAUACUGAAGUUUCCUUAAAGUAACAGAAGGGAACUUUCAUCGUCACCGCCGUUACAUUUUUCUUUUAGCUUACAUGAUCUCCUAACAUUUCAUCACAAACCACUUCAGUUCGGGAGGCUUUCGUUGCCUGCGUAUUUGUGGCCAUUAAUGAACACAAUACAGUGCCACAUUAUUUUUAUGCAAAAGAAUGCAUUCAGUAGCUGUCUCUUGCAGAAGAACAGAUUCUGGCAGCACAAAUUCUGCAUUUCAUUAAGUACAAUAGUUUUUGUUAUGUUGCUGGCAAUAUUUCACAGCACUACAAGUGCUUUCUGCUUGCAACUGAGCAUUUGAUGUUACUACGAAACACUUUGUGGUGUACCCUUUUUGCCAGAAAGCCGAAGUUUUGAACCCUCUUGUAAAAACAGAUGAUAGCAUGUCCCUCCUAUCAUCAUUUUCGUUAGGGUUCCAUAAAAGCACAACAUGGCUGGCAGCCAUGGCAUUAGUGGCACGUAUUUAUAUUUGUAAAUUUGCAUUUGCAUUCACAGUGGAAUGUGCAUUUUUCUGCCUAAGUAGACUAAGGGCAUAGAAUUAAGGCCAAACUUAGCCAGCUGUCAAUUUUAGCGUUUGGAAUGUCACAUGAAACUUUCCUUGACUGUUAGCUGUUCUAAAGAUUCUCUCCACUAACCAUUUAUAUGCCCACUCAAUAAAUUAGUGUUCAAAACAACCGAGUGGCUUGUGUGGGCUAUGUAUCACAUUAAGAAGUCAAGGCAUCUUUCUUAUAGGGCUGUCUUCCUCCAUGUUGUUUCCUGGGAUGUUGUAGUUUGCUGUUGCUGCUGCUUACAUAGCUCUGCUAUGCAUCACCAGGUCAUUAACAGUUUGUGUUGUGUACCCCUUCCAACGUAGCAGACUCUGCGUUUGUUGGAAGUUAACUGUAAAGAGAGUGUGACUAUGUCUGCCAUCUUACUGAAGUUCAAGCCCUACAGCGUCUACUUAUAAAAAGGCUUAGUGGGGUGCCAUCUCGCAUGCUUAGAAAGCUCUGCCAAACUGAAAAAGAUUGUGACAGUUAUUGUUAAAUACAAAAAAUUUUACUGCAGAAUCAUGUAUGCUGAAUGAUGAUUUCCAGGCAGUAAAUGAGUGUACUUUCAUUUAGGUGCAUGUUAAAGAACCCAAGGAGGUCAAGAUUAAUCCAGAAGCAUUCAUUACAGUGUCUCCCGUGAACAAGUGUGCGGUUUCGGAACGUUCAACCCCAUAGCUUAAUCUUAUAUAAUAUAUUCUGCCUCGAUAGUGAAAAAGUGCAUUGUAUUGGGAGCAGCAGACAGAGACUUCUGUAAUUUAAAAUGCGGAAAUCAGUGCAGCAGAAUUAGGUUUCUUUCCCAGCCAAGAGAGUUAGUUACCUGUAGUGGCAACCAACGUUGGCAAAGUGAGUGUGAUGUCACUUAUAUAUAAACAUAGCAGUAAUAAAUAGACUGUUAAGUGAGCUGUUCACUUCGUUUCAAGCACUGUAAUUACUUCUAGAAAUAUUUAGGCGACAGUUAACCAACAAAGGGAAGAGAAUAUGCAUAGGGCAGUUACUUGGCUCCUGCCAAAUAAAAGUGUUAUGACGGGCAAUGCAAGAACGGUAGGACCCAUUUUGUUUCCAUUCUCUGUUAUUGACACAUGAAGAGUUUAUACUGCGGAGCUUAUAUAUAUAUAUAAAACUUUUUGGGCAGCAUUUUUCAACUCUAGCAUUAUCAGAAAGCAGAGAAUGUUUGUUGGAUUAGCUAUUUCUACAAUGUGGAAGCCAUUGAUAAUAGAACUGAUUUAAUCACUAGUAAUUAUAGAGCUUUUAAAACCCUUGAAAACUGACCUAUAACUUUACUCUUAUUUGCAGCUGAUAUACUAUCUGUUGCAAAAGUUCUACUGACUGAAGCACUCAUUGCUAAACAGGACUUAAGCCCGUGAAAACUCUGUGGUCACCAGGUUGUAGAGGUACCAAGGAUUGAUAAAAACCUUUUGAAAGCGGAGUGUAGAAAUGUAAGGUUAUUGAAAUGUUUAAGCUGCUGUGGGCCUCUGUACCCAACAAGCAUAUCAAUGUUAGCAAGGUGCAGUGCCGUCACUUGACUUCAUGUCCAGUCUGAUUGUGAGUGCUUUGGCCUGGUAACUUUUGCGACAGGUAGUACAUAUCAUUCGUGUUUAACUGUGCACAUUGCUUUGUAAUGUUCCUACUCAGAAGUAGAUUGCAUUUGUGCAGUUUCAUGGCUUAUUAAUUAAUUAUUUGUAAAUGUAUGCACUUAAAACACACUCUAAGGUAUUGACCUGCAUGCAGUGCUAUUAUCAUUGGUCAAAAUGUGACUGACAGUCAUGUCACUAUAGCACUGUUAGUAUUAGCAAGGGCAAAUUUUGUUUAGCAUAUUAGAACUUCCCAUAAGGCAGCCAGAAAUCAAUCUAUGUAAAAUACAGAGUUUGUUGCCAGGAAAGCUAUAUUGGGCACAGUCUUUUGUUCAGUGGAUUUGGCAUUUUCCACAGUGACAAGACAUUGCUCUGCAGUUAUUGUCAGUGCAGUCCGUGAAAUAUAUGUUCCGUAACGCUUCACUGGGCCUCUAUGUGUGUCCCUCUAUAUUAGUGGUGUACGGCAUCGUCUGCAUGUUUUCCCACAUUUCCACUGAUAUUGUUGAUAACCCACUGUGUUGAAGCUAAAAAUGUCGGAGGUUUAUAUGUUCCGGCACAGAAACUCACCCAUUUCUAAAGACAAAGAUUGCUCAAUGUUCACCAUACACAUUCCACAGCAUGUCACCAUUUGAAGAGCAUGUGAAAAGCCAUUGUUGAUCAGUGUGCCCUGUGCCCCACGAAGUAAGAUGCUUGGAACGUUCUAGCAUUAAUCAUCACUCGUAUAGUAGUUGUACAUCAACAGCAAACACUGCAGCAAGUAUUGCAGCCACAUUGAGAACAAACCCUAUAGUUUCGGAAGAAAAAAAAUCUAUUUUUAAGUCUGUUAUACCUCAAAUACAUAUAAUAUAUCCAGGUUUGUCAUUCAGAGAAAAUAUGCAUAUAUAUAAUAUAUACAUACAUAUAAUUUAUACUUGUUGUAGUUCAUUGCCUUAAUCGGAAGCUCUUCAAUAUGCUGUGAUACAGUAAUGUCCUGCAGUGUUUGGUAUGUCUGCAGAUGCGUUAUCACUGACUAGUUUUACAGAAAGAAAUACUAUUUAAAAGCAAACAGAAAUAUAGUUGAGGUGUCUUCCUGCCAGCAUCAAGUGUUCAGCCCUCAUUCUUCGUUCCUGUAGAAUACAUGUGUGCGAUCGUUCAUGCUACUCUGUUGUGGCUGUCAUUUAAGUAGCUCUGUUAGUUUGGCGAGCUGCUGAAGCAGUUCACGCAGACAAGGACUCAAAAGUGAUAAACAGUAGUUGCAUUAGAAAUGCCCCCGUUAGAUGUCUUUGCACUUUAACAUAGCAGUUGCCCUUGUUGACAGCACAGCUGGAAAACAGAAACCAGAAAGGCAGCACUUGCUUCUACUUUCUUGCCAUGAGCGUUUAAGCAUCUCGUUCACUUAUAAUGGAUAUUUGGCAGCAAGAAUAUUAACCGAGAAUUCUUUGUGCAUCAUGGUUAAAGCCAGCCAAAUUGAAUUCUGGGGUUUUAUGUGCCAAAACCACGAUUUGAUGAUGAGGCACGAUAAAACUAACCCUAGCUUAAUGCUUGGCAAAAUCGCUGCACUAUGUCUGUGGCACAUAUAAGUCCACUAGGUAUUAUGAGAGAAUUAUUUCAAACUGUUUCUGAAUAUGUAUGCACCUUCCUACACCUUGGUUAUCACAUAAGCCCUCCCUCCACAGCCAUUUGCCAGCAAGCAAAAUUUUGAGAGGACUGUGAAAAGUGGCAAGGGCAGCUGUUGUCAGAUGUUGCAUUUGCUGGACUCGGAUCUUGUCGAAAAGAGUUUAAAGCUUGUUGCAGAAAAGCACGCUCUGUCAUUUGUUGUUAAAAUUGUCGUCAUGUUAUUGCUGUGCUAAUGGUUUUACUCCUGGUGGACUGUAUUGUGGUGGGACAUACCCUGUUCGACCAAGUGCUUGUCAAGUAAUGUUAUGAGCUGCUGAGCUUUUAUAAUAAACAGCAUAGCAGAAUGUAAACGUUACCCGCUAAUGUAAAAAGCGCAAGCUCUAUGCACAUAGAAGCUGUGACAGUGCAGUACAUAUCUUCAUUAUUCUGCCCUAUGGCCGCAUCCUCCACCAUUUUUCUCCUGUGUGAGCACACGUUCGUAGUAGCCCAAUUGUCGUGGUCUGUCCCUCAGAAAUGUAUUUUUGUAAACGUGAGGGUAACAAUAAAGUGUGUCUAUUGAAGUGUC